AUGGCAAAUUGGUUGUGGGCAUGCAUAAACCCCUCCAAAACAGCCAAACUCAUCAGAUUUAAUGGAGGCGUGGAAAGAAUAAAGAUUAAGACAGGAAUGAAGGUUGCAGAAUUGAUGCUCGACAAUCCCAACCAUUUUGUCUGCAAUUUCUGUAGUCUGCAAAUAGGGCAUCGUAUUUUAGCGCUCCCCGCAGAAGAAGAAAUAGAGCGGGGAAAUACAUAUGUUCUUCUGCCCAUGCAAAAAUUGCGCUCUGUGCUGAGUGAUUCGGAGAUGGGUAGAAUUCAUCAAUUGAAGAAAAAAUCGAAGGCGACCUCACACUCCAAAAUCGUUCCAAUCUCUCACGACGGCGUUGAAGAGGAGAAAUCAUCAUUGCCAAGACUGGCGGCGAAUGAGGAAGAAAUAGAGGGGAUGAAGAUGAGAAUAGGCGGACAGAGGUGUUGGAAACCCUCGUUGCAUACAAUUGAAGAGACUCGCAGCUUAAAAGUCACAGAAAACGCUCCGAAAAGACCAUUUUUGACUUACAGAUUGAGAUAA